AUCGACUCAAGGUAAACAACAACACCAAAGCGCACAAUUUUCCAAUGCACCUUCUUUCUGGACGUAUGAAGACUUCUAUUGCUUCUUUGUAGCCUACGAAACCGUAGCUAGCAUGCAGGUCGAACUCUCCGCUGUGGAGCUACCCGCAGAGGCCAAUCCUCUCACUGAGGGCUUGCUGUUCCACGUCCUGCGUUCUGCAUCUUCGACAGACCCAAACCAGAUCCAGACAGGCACCAAGCAGCUCCAGACCUGGGAGAAGUACAAAGGCUUCUAUCCCUUGCUCCAAUCCGUCUUCCUAGACAAGUCUCUCCCGCUCGAAGUCCGCUACCUCGCUAUAAUACAGCUCAAGAACGGCAUUGACAAGUAUUGGCGCAAAAGUGCAACCAAUGCUCUCGACAAGGAGGAUAGGGGUGCUAUACGAUCGCGUCUGCUUGACAGCGGUGCAAACGAGGCAGAUCAGAGGCUGGCGCUUCAAAAUGCUAUUGUCACGGCUAAGAUAGCAAGGCACGAGUUCCCAAAUGACUGGCCGGACCUCUUCCCUUCUCUUCUCAACUUCCUACGCUCCUCGACGGAAUCGAACGCUUACCGACUCCACCUUCCCCGAACUCUCCUUAUGCUUCUGAACAUUAUCAAGGAGCUCAUGACUGGACGACUAACGAAGACUAAAACAGCCUUGAGGGCAGUCACUCCAGAAGCCUUCGCAGUCCUGGGCCGCAUCUACGUCGACAAUGUUCGGAGCUGGCAGCGCUUCUUCGUCGAAGGUGGAGACGACGAAGGCGGCGCGCUCGACGAUAUCGAGAUCAGCCUGAUGGCAAUGAAGAUUAUACGGAGACUGGUGAUUGCGGGUUACGAGUUCCCGAAUCGCGACCGGGACGUUCGUGAAUUCUGGACAGUUUCACAGAGCCUGUUUCGGGAAUUCCUGCCGUAUGUUCUGCAUGAAGAUUCGCCGCUUGCGCCAGGGCCCCGCAAAUUGGUGGAGAAGCAUCUCAUGCAGCAUGCGAAGUUCCACCACUCGAUGGCCACGAGUCAUCCCGUCGCUUUCGUACAUCUACCGGAGACUAUACCAUUGAUCAAGUUCCAAUAUUGGGAGCUAGUCACGCAACUCAGCAAGACGUGGGGCGCGGCUGUCUUCAAUGGCGCAGCUAUAGGGACUGACGGAGAUGAGGAAGAGGAGGCGCCUAUUCUGGAACGACUGUCACUAAAAGGACUCCUGAUCAUACGCGAGUGUAUCCAAAUCGCCUUAUUCCCCAUCAAGACCCUUAGAUAUGCCAAACCGGAAGAUCAGGACGAGAGGAACAAUGCGAAGCAGUUGCUUAAGCGGGAUCUGCUAGACCAGGAUUUUGUAUUGCAAGUAAUGACCACACUUCUGCAGCGCUUUUUCGUCUUCAGGCCGAGCGACUUGCGGAUGUGGGAGGAGGAGCCAGACGAAUGGGAGAAGAUGGAAGAGGGGUCAGAGGAUUGGGAGUUUGCGAUCCGGCCGUGUGCGGAGAAGCUGUUUCUGGACCUCGCAAAAUCGAAGGAGUAUAAGGACCUUAUCAUUGGCCCUCUCUUGGAUGAGUUGCGGGAAGUUGCGAGACCAGAGAAUGAAAAUAUCAUUCUGAAGGAUUCGGUUUAUAAUGCAGCCGGUCUUGCAGCGGAUGUCCUGAUGGAGAAGUUCGACGUCGAUCCUUUCAUCAAAGACACCUUGGUCCGGGAGGCGCAGAUAGAAAAACCGGGUUACAACAUUAUUCGACGCCGAAUCGCCAUCUUCCUCUCCCAGUGGAUCAGCGUGAAGGUUGGCGAGUCGACCAAACCCAUCGUCUACCAGAUCUUUCAGCAUCUUCUUGACAAGAGUGAUGCGCUAAAUGAUAUUGUGGUCCGAGUUACGGCAGGAAGGAAAUUCAUUGACGUCGCGAAUGAGUGGGAGUUCAAGGCUGAUAACUUCGUCCCGUAUGCACCAUUGAUAUUGGAUCGGCUGAUGGCGCUGGUGCAAGAGGUGGACCUUAUCGAAACGAAACUGAGCUUACUGAACACGAUAAGCGUCAUUGUCGAGAGGCUGGAACAUAAUAUCACACCAUAUGCGCAACACAUCGUCUCGAUCCUUCCACCUCUCUGGGAGCAGUCGGGCGAGCAACAUCUAAUGAAGCAAGCGAUCCUUACCCUGCUGGCACGGAUGGUAAACGGUAUGAAGGCCGCCUCAAGACCGUUCCACCUGUCCUUUCUGCCGAUUAUCCAGAGCGCCAUUGAGCCGGACUCAGAGACACAAGUGUAUCUUCUCGAGGACGCGCUCGAACUUUGGGGUGCCAUCGUCGCCCAGACACCAUCUGCACCUGAGGACGCGCCGGCGGAGCUUCUCAAUCUGAUUCAAUAUUUAAUACCACUCUACUCUAUGGACAACGAAACCCUACGUAAAUCGCUCGACAUCACAGAAUCAUAUCUCCUUCUCUCUCCCGCGUUUGUCCUCGGCGAUGCCUUCAGACCCCAGCUCCUGCAGACUAUGGGAAACCUUAUUGGCGAGCUGAAAGUAGAGGCUGCUGGUAUGGUAUGCAACCUGGUACAGCUGGUUAUCCGUGCAGCGGAAAGCCUGGGUGGUGAGGAUGCGGUCCGACACAUAGCUGGUGAACUCUCUUCGAGCGGCUUUUUGCAGACGGUGAUGAAUGGCCUCCGCAAGGCGUACCAGAAUCGCAACGCACACGGCCCGGCUCGCGAGAUUCAGGAGCGCUCCAUCGAUCCAGUCCUCGAAAUCGACUACUUUGCUGUGUUGGCUAGAAUAACACUCGCAUCUCCGGCCAUCCUCCUGGAGAUCUUGAAUCCCGGCUACCAACAGAAGUUCGAAUUGGACUGGCUGCUCGAGGAGUGGUUCGCCCAUAUGGAGAAUAUCAGCACGGCGCCGGAAACGAAACUCAUGGCGCUGGCGUUGACGAGGUUGCUGGAAACGGGCGCACCUUGGAUUUUAGGCCGGCUGCAGGACUUGAUGAAUAUGUGGACUUCGGUGCUAACGUAUCUCUUGGAUGGCAUGGAUGAUCGGACUGUGGACUGCCUCGUUUGGGCGGAGGAACCGAUCGUUCAGACGAAUGAACCGGAAGCACCAGAGGAUGUUCGAAAGCGCGGACUCAUCUAUUCUGAUCCUAUUCAUCGUGUCAACCUCGUCGCGUUUGUGAGGGAGCGUUUGCAGCAGGCUAUUCAGGCGGGAGGCGGGGAUGCGGUGUUCCAGGAGGAGUGGCUGAGUCGCGUGGAUAAGGAUGUUUUGGAACAGUUCACGGGGCUGGGGAUAUUUGGGGAGGGUGGAAUGUAGGGGGAUGGCAGUGGGAGGUUGGCCGGGUAUAAGGUGUUUGUCCAGGUGCCAGUGCGAUGGCGGAUGGAUUGCUAGCGGGCUUCAGAGAGGGUGGAUAUCGUACGUAAGAUAUCGAUGCAUAGGGAUAUGGCGAGCUGGCGUAUAUCGAGUGGCACUGUGUUUCAGGGAUGAUCAGGCGCAUUUCCAGCAGCGAGAUAGAGAAGCAUUAAUGCAAUAAAGCUUCAG